AUGAGUGAGGAUUCUUAAACUAACCCUAAAGAUAAAAACGCUAAGCAAAAAGUAUAGGAUUUCUUCAUGCAGGCCCCUGGCAGUAUAAAAAAAUCUAUGGAUGAUAAUAACUAGAGUUUUUGGAAUAAAGUUUAGGAUAAAGCUAAACAGUAAAAGUAAAAAAAUGAAAAUGAAAUCACAAACAAUGAAGAUAUAUAAAACCAAGAAUAAAAAGAAUAAUCAAUGAAUGAAUAAAAUAAUAAACAAUAAUAAGAUUUACCUAUUAUUUAAGAUUAAAACAAUGAAGCUGAAAAAAAAGACAAUAAAAAUCAAGGAAAAAAGAGAGAUGAAGUAAAGGAUUUUUUUAGUUAGUUAGUAUCAACUGUUGGGAAAAAAACAAAUGACUCUGCUGACCAAAUGAUGAAUUCUAUAAGAAAAAAAUAGGAAGAGAAAAAAUAAAAAAAGAAAGAGCAUUAAGAUGAGUCAGAUAUGCUAAAAGCAGUAGAGGAAUAGUAAAAUGAUUUAAAAUAAGAUUAAGAUGACAAAACUGCAAUAGAAAUUAAAAAGGAGACUUUGCCAGAAAAGAUAAAGGAAUAAGCAUAGGCUAACUAACCUGAAAGCUAAAAAUAAGAAAUACAACCAUAAAAUAAUUUACCAGUUGUUGAGACAACAGACUAGCCCUAAGAAAUAUAAAAAAAGAAAAAGGAAAAAUAAAUUGAUAAAUUAGCUUACUUUUUUACUAACUCGACUACAGCUGUAAGUUAGAAAGCUUCUUAGCAAUAUGAGCAUUUUAAAGAUAAAGUAAAGGAAAAGCAGUAAAAAAAAAAUGAUGAAAAAGAGUUAGAUAAAUCUUUCUAAAAAAUGAUUAAAGAAGAGGAGGAAUUAAGAAAAUAAAGAUCUUCUUCUUUUACACCUAAGAGCAUUGGCAGAAUUCUUCCUCACAAUCGCCAUUACUAAGAAGAAUUUAAGAAUGAGUAAAGAAAAUAAUCUGAUUUUGCAUAAAACGAGUCAAGUGAUUAAGAGUAACACAAAGGAGAGAAUAAUCAAAAAAAUAAAAACUAAAACAAUCAAAAUAAAAAUCGCCAAAGUAUAUAACACAAUCUAGAUAAAUAACGUUUUUCUUAAAGCCCUAAUAGUUAGUAGAAGUUAAUACUUAAGAGGAAUAUGGUGGGAUAAAACAUACAAAAGUAGAGUUAAAAUAAAAAUUAUAAUUAGGAAUUAUAGAAUAGUUAAAAAUAACACCCUGAGCAUGUUUAUGUAAGAAAUUUCGUUGAAAAAGAGUUUGAUAAAGAAGAAAAGUUAAGAGAAGCAGCACGUAAAAAGAGAGAACUUGAAUUAUAAUUAUUAUAAGUGAAUUAAGAACUAAUUCAUUUACGUAAAGAUGUUACUAAUGAGGAAAAAUCACCUAAGUCAUCUCAGUUCAUUGUAAAGAAAGGUAAAAUCAUCCCACCAAUAAAAGAGCACAACUAAGUCAAAGCUAUGAUUUAGAUUUCUGAUGAUAAAAAGGCUUUAGAAGAUGCAAUGAAUUUGGUAAAAAGAAUGUAAUAGGAAAGAAAAUUAAAAGAGCAAUAAGCUUAGAAUAGAAUGAAAAUAAAUUCUGCUAAAUUUAAAAGCUAGUUGUAAGAAUUCAAAGAUAAUGGUGAAGACUAUUUUUAUCAAAAAGAGCUUUAAAGAAAAAAUGAAAUUUUGAAUAGAAUGUAAGAGUAUGAACUUAAGAAGUUAGAAGGAAUAAAGUUAUAAAAUGCAUCUAAAUAGUUUAUAUAAGAAUUAAUUCAUCAAGGACCUCGUGAAGGUAAAAUAUCUUAAAAUUAUAGGAGUAAUGUCUCAGAAAUACAAAAAGAAUUGGAAGUUAAUUUAUCGUAAGUCAGAGUCUCUAAGCUUUAAACUCCUUUGUUGGAUAAAAAGAAACAAAGUCUUUAGAAUGUAAGAAAUUUUGAGGAUAGUAAUAAAUCAUACAGAGAAUAAGAGGAAAUAAAUGACAGAUAAGAAGACAUUAAUGACAGAUUAGAUGAUUAUAAAAUCGAUUCUAAAAACUAAAUUGAUGAUAAAAAUUACGAGUCAUCUCAUAUAUCUUAAAAUAAAUAUGAUUAAGAAUCUUAGAAAGCUUAAUAAGAAUAAUCGUAACAAAGUAAAAAGAAUUAUGGAUCUAUUUUUACAAAAAGAGUAAUAGCUCAUGAUUAGCAAGUUAAAUAGUUUGAUAGGAUGCUAAGUGAAGAAAAAAAGAAACUUUAUGAAAAGAGAAUGAAUUAUUCUAAGUAAGUGAAAGUCAGAUAUCAACCUAAAAAUUUAGUUGACAAUUACAAUUUUUAUCAAGAUGCCAUUUUUUUGAAACAACAAAUGAAAGUUUCUGAUUAAAUGAAUAUGGAUUAUUAUCAUCCUGAAAAAAAGGAACCUUUAAGAUCUUCUAUUCCAUAAUAAGAGUAUGAAAAGUAUAGCAAAGAGCCAAGCAAUUAUAUUGAAGCUAACAGAGCCUGGAAGAUACAUAAUAAAGUUAUAUUAAACCACGAAUAUCCUUAAUCUGAAUAAAUAAAAAAUUUAUAAUUUUGA